AUGAAUUGCCAUCUUCAUCAGCACCAAACCUCUGACAGAGGACUGCCAGCAGACCAAAUCCUUGAAGAGGAAAACAGGCAGAAGAAGAAGCUUCUGCUGACAUCAGAAGGCAUCAGAGACAGGACUUCCUCUUCUACUUCUUCUUCAUCUUUCUCUCCACCACAAGACUUCUCUUUCCCUGACAAUGGAAGGACUAACGGCAACUCGUUGCUGUUGUCGGCAAAGGCGGUGGAGAUGACUCCUGCAGAUGAGAUCUUCUUCCAUGGUCACUUGCUCCCCCUCCGCCUCCUCUCCCACUUCUCUCCUAUAUCCUAUUCCUCUCCUCGGUCGUCCACUGAUUACUUGGACAGUUUCACCCUCCCGAUCGGGGAAGAGUAUUUACCGGAUGAUGAUCUGUUCACGAGCAUGAAUGGAAGCAGCUGCAGCAGUAGCACUGACAGCAACUUCAAGGGCAAAAGUACUGGAAACAGAAUUCACAGUGAGACCAGUCCUCAUGUUUAUCCGAGUGAUAUGCGUGAGAGAGACGAUUCAUCCAAACCGUUCUCGCUGUUUGGAUUAUCGAGAUGGCGGAGAGCCUGCAAGGCCCGGGGAGACGAAGGCAAGCAGAAGAAGAAAUUCCGUUUCCAUCUGAACAGAACCGUCAGGAGGUACGUGAAGAUGGCUAGGCCACUGCUAUUCUUUAGACGGAAGAGGAGGGAAGAGGACAUUGAUUUUCAGGCUGAAAAGUUUGGACUAAGUGCAACCGAGACGUUUUCGGCCCCGGCAUCGAUUAGAACAUCCCCCAGAAGCAGCGGCCUUCUUGUCAAAACGCCGGCACUCUCUGCAGCCGUCACAGACAGCACUGUGGAGGAGCUGCAGGCUGCUAUUCAAGCCGCGAUUGCCUACUGCAAGAAGUCGAUUGCAGUUGAGGAGGAAGAAAAAGAAGAAGAAAAACAUCGAACAUGA